GGUCACCGGUUGCGUUCACAAAGUCGCUGACUCGCGCGGCGGUCGCAUGUGUAGUGAGCUCCAAAACUGUCGCAACAUCGCACCGGUAAAAGUUAAUUAAAAAAAAGUUAUUCGAAAUUUAAAAACUGUUGAGUAAUUUUUUGUGCAAUAUUCAAGUUUAUUACGGAUCAGUGCUGGCUGUUUUUUUUUCGACAUUGGACCGAAAAAUAUCAUUUAACCAAAGAGAGCCACCAAAACAUGGGAUUGUUAACUAUUUAAAUUAAUAAAGAGUAAAAAAAAACUAGUAAAGAUGUCUAACAUGGAAAUGAAUGUCGACAGUAACAUGAACAAGACGGACGUCAGCCAACAGAAGUUUGAGUUAAAAAACGGCAACGCUGACAUAGAAAAGGGGACGGUUGUGAAGGCUGGUUCUAAAAUCCCUUGGACAAAGGCGAUUAUAGCGAUGUUUGCGCUCGGUGUGCUGGCCGGCGCCUGUGCAGUAGCCUGGGUCUUCCAGGAUUGGAAGGCGAGUCUAUUAGUGUUGGCUAUCCUGGCAUUAGUCUACUGCAUAGCCUUCUACUGGAGGUGGAUCUAUGUGGCCAUCAGAACUGCUCCCAGAGAUUUCUCUGCACUAUACUGCUACAUCAAAAUUCUUAGGCUGACUAAGAACUUCACGAAGAAGAACUGGUCCAUGCCCGACAUCUUCCACCAGCUGGUCGUCAAACAUCCAAACAAGGCGUGCUUCCUAUUUGAGGAUGAAACAUGGACAUUCCAGCAGGUGGAAGAAUACAGCUUAAGAGUAUCAGCAGUUUUAAAAGGCAAAGGUGUGAAGCGCGGAGACACCGUAGCAGUUAUGAUUGGGAACUGCCCAGAGAUGCCAUCCAUCUGGUUAGGAGCCACGAGACUGGGUGCUGUUUGCCCCCUAAUCAACACCAAUCAGACGGGCAACACCCUUCUGCAUUCCAUCACCAUCGCCAAGUGUGACGUGGUCAUCUACAGUGACGAGUUCCAAACAGCAUUCCAGGACAUAUCGAAGGAGCUGAGCCCUUCUCUAAAAUUGUUCAAGUUCGUCCGCCGGCCACUCAAUACUGCUCCUGAUGCCGUUAAGGUUGUGGAAUCCGAUGAUGACUUCACAUCCAUGUUGGAGAACACUGCCCCAUUCCCCUGGACUCCAUCCGACAGCGACGGGUUCAAUGGAAAACUCCUCUACAUCUACACUUCAGGAACCACUGGACUUCCAAAAGCAGCCGUUAUAUCAUCUUCACGUAUGGUGUUCAUGGCAUCAGGUGUCCACUAUUUAGGAAGCUUGCGAAAGAGUGACGUCAUCUACUGCCCCAUGCCUUUAUACCACUCAGCUGGUGGUUGCAUCACGAUGGGCCAAGCCUUCAUAUUCGGAUGUACUGUAGCGCUCCGAACCAAGUUCUCAGCAUCCAGAUACUUCCCAGACUGCAUCAAAUACAAUGCCACGGCCGCCCACUACAUCGGUGAGAUGUGUCGCUACGUGCUGACGACACCGCCUUCCCCUACGGACACGCAACACAAAGUUAGAACUGUUUACGGCAACGGAAUGAGGCCAGCGAUAUGGACAGACUUCGUCAAACGUUUCAACAUAAAGAAGGUAGUUGAAUUUUAUGGAGCUACUGAGGGCAACGCGAAUAUCGUGAACAUUAACAACAAAACGGGAGCUAUCGGUUUUGUAUCUAGAAUAAUCCCAGCAGUGUAUCCUAUCGCUAUUCUCAAAGUGGACCCUGAUAGCGGAGAGCCCAUCAGAGACGAUAGAGGAUUGUGUCAGUUGGCGAAACCUAACGAGCCAGGUGUCUUCAUAGGAAAAAUUAAGCCAAAUAAUCCUUCAAGAGCGUUCCUCGGUUACGUGGACAAGGCUGCUUCAGACAAGAAGAUUGUUAGAGACGUUUUUGAUUAUGGAGAUUCAGCGUUCAUUUCAGGUGACAUCUUGACGGCUGAUGAGCUCGGCUACCUGUACUUCAUGGACCGUACAGGAGACACGUUCCGGUGGCGAGGAGAGAACGUCUCCACAACUGAGGUGGAAUCGGCCAUCUCCAGGGUGGCAGAUCAGAGAGAUGCUGUGGUUUACGGAGUUGAGAUCCCCAACACAGACGGUCGCGCUGGUAUGUGCGGCAUAGUCGAUCCUCAAGAGACACUAGACCUGGACAAGCUGGCGAAAGACAUUGCUAAAGACUUACCGAAAUACGCGAGACCUAUAUUCAUAAGGAUCAUGGCUAGCGUUGAUAUGACGGGAACUUUCAAGAUGAGGAAAGUUGACUUGCAGAAAGAGGGCUACAACCCUUCGCUAGUAAAAGACAAACUAUAUUACGCAGACCCCAAGACGGGCAAAUAUGUACCUCUUGGAAACGAAGAAUAUGAAAAAAUUAUGUCAGGACAAAUUAGACUGUGAUUUUAAUUUUAUAAACAUUUACAAACUCAUAACGAAGAUAUUAUUGUGCCUUUAUUUAAAAAAAAAACUUAUACAAUAAGGAUGUGAUACUGUGAAGUGCAAGUUCUAGAUAGGUAGAAAUAUUUUUUAGGAAAAUACUUAGACUUUUUUAAAUUGAUUCCUUCAACAUUUUAUGUUGAAGAACGUGACAUAUACGUGUUUAUUUUUUACGUAAUUUUUGUACUAUCAAAAUCAUAUCAAUAGUUAAUUAAAAUUGAGAAGAAUGAAUGUAUGGGAAGUUAAAAGGUUGAUUUCAUGUAAAUAAAAAUGUCCUACCUGCCUUGUAAUUCUUGCUAUUUUAUAAGGACCUAGCAUAUGUAAUUAUUAUAAUCAGUUAAGUUAUACUUAUAAUUUUAUUGUGACACAAUAAGCAGGUAUUAUUGUUGUUACUUCUUUGGGAGUUAUGCUACCGCUAGUCGGUGAUACGCAAUAUGCAGAAGAAAAUCACAUAUGAAAAUCAGUUAAAAUUACAACAAACUAUUUCAAAUUAGUUAAUUAUUUCAUACAACAAUUAAAUUAUUAGGGUAGUGUAC